UGGUCUUUCUAUAAUUACGCUAAUGACGCACAGCUUCAUCACAUAAUAAUUAUUGACUCGCUUAUAAAUAGCACAUUACCUACUUUGCGUCCCAUACAUAGUUCGCUUUUUUUAUCACAUCUAUUGUGUCUGUACCAAUGGUAGAUAAAGGCGGUAAUGUAUUCAUCGAAAUAAUAGCAUGUUCCGUCGGAUCGGUUUUCCUAUAAAUCAAUAAAUCAUGCAGAAACUUUGUAUGCGAGCUGACAUACUUCUGCACGCGGCGUUGUAGUUACGUGUUUAGCUCAUUUCGUGCGAGCGAGCUUAUGCCUUUUGCUUACUCAUCGGUGCGCUAGCAUAUUUGAUCGGAGUUUAGAUUUAUUUAUACACUGUGAUCCUCUUCGCGGAGGAUCCGUGUGAAUGAGGCGGUAGAUCGAUCGUGAAUUAAACCGGGUAAUUCUCCUGUAGGAUCCGAAAGUGAAGUCCUUCGUGACAAUGGGUUCUCAGGACUCCUUAGAGGACAAAACCGUAACGAUCUGUUACGGCUCUGACUUUGUCAAUAUGAAUUUUAUCAAUUUCUGCACGACGCGUGCGGAAAUAGCACAACAUUGGGCAGAACAACUUUUCCAAAUGGCGUACAAUUUGAUUCAAUUAAACACCAGCACAACUAUGUUCUUACUAAAAGCACAUACCAAGCUUGCGCUUACCGUUGAUAAAUCUGAAAAGAUACCCGUGAAGAAUAUAAUAAAAAUGUUCGCACAAAACAAAGACGACCGCAAGCGCGUGGAGAAAGCGCUUGAUAUUUCUGGCUUUCCAUCCGGCAAAAGCGACGUCGUGCCGUUACAAAAGUUCCAAUUCGAGGACUUCUUUAACUUUUACAAGUCCCUCACUCAGAGGACAGACGUGGAGAAGGUUUUCGAGGGGCUCGUUGGCAAUAGCAAGCGCAGACUAAUGUCUGUCCCACAGUUUGUGGAAUUCUUGAACAAGAUGCAGAGAGACCCGCGUCUCAACGAGAUAUUGUAUCCGUACGCAAAUGAGGCAAGGGCAAAGGAUAUCAUAAAUCAGUACGAACCCAACAAGUGUAAUGCAAAUAAAGGCCAGCUCAGUUUCGACGGUUUUCUGAGGUAUCUCAUGAGUGAGGACAAUCCGAUUGUUGCAGUCUCGAAAUUUGAAUUGUCCGACGAUAUGGAUCAGCCGUUGCCGCACUACUUUAUAAAUUCUAGUCACAACACAUACUUAACAGGACAUCAACUCACCGGUAAAAGCUCCGUGGAGAUUUAUCGCCAGUGUCUCCUCGCUGGCUGCCGAUGUGUCGAGUUAGAUUUUUGGAACGGCAAGUUCGACGAGCCCGUUAUCGUUCACGGAUAUACAUUUGUACCUGAAAUCUGUGCCCGGGAUGUAAUAGAGGCGAUCGCCGAGAGCGCCUUCAAAACGUCUGACUAUCCGGUCAUUUUCAGCUUUGAAAAUCACUGCAAUCCAAGGCAGCAAGCCAAGAUCGCGCAGUACUGUAGAGAGCUUUUCGGCGAAAUGUUGCUUGACGCGCCACUCGAAUCGCACAAGUUAGAACCAGGUCAAGAGCUUCCACCGCCG